AUGUUAAAUGGUAAAAGGUGUAAAGUGGAAACGCGUCGAACUCGACGUCUUACAGACGGAAGUGGCAAUCUGCUGGGAACGAACGUAUCCUCUCGGCUACCUCCUGAUCACUCUGCCAUUUCUGCAGUUUGUUUUGGUCAGUUGAAUUCUAGAGAGCGAGACUAUUUGACGAGUACUAGAAACGAAUUCAUUUUAGUGCAGCCUGAAAUACAGACAAGUCAUUUUGGUAGUUCUUCGGCGCUGAACAGACUGGCUACAAUCGGCGAACUCGACCUACACAAAGUGAAUACCUUACGUCAGAGGCGAACAUCGCUUCCCAUCAGUUCAAAUGCUUUCGCCGCUAGCAGAGCCACUUUGCAAAGUAACUUGACCGAAGCACGUGGAAUAGUAACUGAGAUGUUGUCCAACAAAGAUUUACCUCCAACGCUCAUUUCUGGCUUGAAAGUUGUUGCCAAUUUGCUGAAUCCUCAACCACCGCCAUUCAGUUUACACUUUGAUUUUGGUCUCCCGAUGGUUGUUGAGAAUCCGUACAGUGGCGAGCAGCUCGUCGUUUCUGCGGUUAGCUUUUUUAUUUUCUCAAUGUUAUUUUUGUUUGUUUCAGCGUAUUAUUUUUAUCCAAAUUUUCGUUCCACAUAACA